AUGGAUCUCUUCCGUCGAGCGGGCAAGUUCCUCCCGGCGAGGGGUCCUCGUCUCCCUGUCGCAGAUGAAAAAGGCAAGCUGCGCCCAAGAAGGACCCUGGCUUCGCGCUUCGCAUACCUCCGACGGCCACUGAGGUUAAGGGGGAACUCGGCCAUUUCGGUGCCGCUGGGCGUCGUCCUCCUUUUCCCCUGCAUCGUCGUCAUUCUUAUCCUGGUGCUGUUUGUCAGGCACCCCGGUUCCUCGGGGAGAAUAUUAUCGCCCGCGGGGACGCCGCCAACAAUAAGAAAAAUCAGCGAGAAGCACGACAAGGUGUUCGUCGAGGGCUGCGCCGAGGUCGACACGAGCAAACCCCGCGCCAACGCGGCUUUCGUCGUGCUCGCGCGAAACAAGGAGCUGGAGGGCGUCAUCCAAUCCAUGAAGUCGAUCGAGCGCCACUUCAACCGGUGGUACAAUUACCCCUAUGUCUUCCUCAACGAUGGGGAUUUCGACCAGAACUUCAAGGACACUGUCCGGAACUACACCUCGAGCUCCGUUGAGUUUGGCAAGGUUGGGCCGGACAUGUGGGGGUACCCUGACUGGAUUGACAAGAAGGUCGCCAAGGAGGGCAUCAACAAGCAGGGCGAUAAUGCCAUCAUGUACGGUGGCAUGGAGAGCUACCAUUUCAUGUGCCGCUUCUAUUCCGGUUUCUUUUACAAGCACCCGCUCCUGGCAAAGUACGAGUGGUACUGGCGUUUGGAGCCCGAGAUCAAGUACUUCUGCGACAUCACCUACGACCCCUUCCUGGCCAUGAUCGAGAACAACAAGACGUACGGCUUCACCAUCGCGGUCAAGGAGCUACGCGAGACGGUCCCCAACAUCUGGCGCUACGCUUCGGCUUACAAGCGGCUCAACAACCUGACAUCGCAGGGCUUGUGGGAGAUGUUUGUCGAGCCGCGGCCCGAGAGCCACGAGGAAGAGAAGAAGCCGGCGUCCGCCAACGAGCCCAUCCGCCUGCCUGACAUCGACAUGGAGAACAUGGAGGGCGAAAAGUACAACAUGUGCCACUUCUGGUCCAACUUUGAGAUUGCCCGCCUCGACUUUUUCAGGAGCAAGGCAUACGAGGAUUUCUUCCAGAUGAUGGACCGCAGCGGCGGCUUCUGGAUGGAGCGUUGGGGAGACGCUCCGAUCCAUUCCCUCGCGGCCGGCGCCCUCCUUGCACCGCGGGACAUCCACUACUUCCGCGACUUUGGCUACCGCCACACCACCAUCCAGCACUGCCCCGUCAACGCGCCCGGCCGUCAGCUGCCGCGGCAGCCCUACCUCGAGCGGACGACGCUUAACGAGCGCGAGCGCCUGGAGGAGGACCAGUACUGGGAAGACUAUGACCCGCCCCAGGAGAACGGCGUCGGCUGCCGCUGCCGGUGCGACACGGAUAUCGAGGACGUUGAGGGCAAGGGGGGCAGCUGUCUUGCCGAGUGGGUCGAUGUGGCGGGUGGCUGGGCGAGUCCUUGA